AUGCUUCAUAGAAAAAGAACAUGUGAUUGUGGAAAAGAAAUGCGUAAAGAGAAGCGUGGACAAAAUGGAAGAUGGAUAUGUAAGAAAUCAGUAUGCAGAAAAACAAAGGGUGCUUUAGUUGGAACAUUUUUCGAAAAUUCAAAACUUUCUUUGACACAAAUCAUACAGAUAAUGUAUCCUAUGGCAAAAAUUGAAAAGACGACAUAAAACUGAAU